GAGCGUUUUCCCAAGCACCUUUCCCAACUCAAAAGGAAAGGCUAACUUUACGCAAUAUGUAAUUUCCAACCGCGCCGAGAAACCUAUUUAAAUGACACGGAUCAAUGAAUAAAAGUUUGCCGUGAGAGCGCGUGCUGUGAUUGGGCUGAACGGAGGGCUCGUGAUGCUCGGGCACAUAUAAAGGGCGACCUGCGCUCCUGUCAUGCACGCCGCCGGGAGAAGGAACUGAUAAAGAGACUGGCCACAUCACGCGCAUUUUGCCAACCAAGUCACCGCGAGACAGAGAUAAAGGAGCUCCUCUAAUUCAAUCAAAAGCCAGUGUAAUUUAGUAAGAGAUGCCGCUAAGGACCGGACUUUUGCUUCUCGCCGUUCUCAUCGCCUCCGCGUAUGAACUGGAUCACAACGAAUCCUAUUCGCCCAGGAGAGCACGCUUCUCCGCCAACAGCCCCUCUGAUGUGGCACGUUGCUUGAACAGCGCCCUCCAGGUGGGUUGUGGUGCCUUCGCUUGUCUUGAAAACUCAACGUGUGACACAGACGGCAUGCACGACAUCUGCAAGUCCUUCCUUUAUAGCGCUGCUAAAUUCGACACUCAGGGCAAGGCUUUUGUGAAGGAUAGCUUGAAGUGCAUCGCCAAUGGCAUCACCUCCAAGAUCUUUCUAACAGUCAGACGGUGUUCUACCUUCCAAAGGAUGAUUUCUGAAGUUCAAGAGGAGUGUUAUAGCAAGUUGGACAUUUGCACAGUGGCCAAAUCAAACCCAGAAGCCAUUGCAGAGGUGGCUAAAUUACCAAACCACUUUCCAAACAGGUUUUAUGGGAAACUAUUGCAGAGUUUGAUGGAGUGCGACGAGGAAACAGUGGACCUGGUGAGGGCGAAUCUGUUGACCCGAUUAGGGCCUGAGAUCGCCACGCUCUUCCAGCUACUGCAGAACAAGCCGUGUCCGUCUGCCGCAGUACCUACUGGAGCGGAGACUCGUGGUGGGUGGCGAUGGUCUGUAAGUCCCCACGGAUACAAGAACCAGCCAAAUCUACGCAACAGAGAUGCCUCGAAUCUUUUUGGCAAGAAACGCAACAUCGGCGACAGCUCGUAACUUCAGACCGAUUCGCUGGUCCAAACCUAGCCAUCAAGCUAACAUACACAAGCGCAAAGUGAAAACACACAAAAAAAAGAAAGCAAGACAAAAAAGUGGUUUAUUUUUCAAGGCUAUACAGGGACACAUUCCUUCUCAACUGGAAAAAGGCAUGUACCAGUCCAAAAAACAUCUGGAAUGUUUAAGUCUAUGUUUGUCACUUCAUAUUUGAUGAAAAGAGUUUCGUUAUCAGGAUUCAAGGGGAAAUCGGGCUGAUGUGCUUCUUGCGCAGGGAAAGCGAUGUUGGGAAUCAUCGAAACAUUCAGGUCAUUAUGUAGAGAGCUCUUAGAUAGACUUAUUUUCAUGAAAAUAUCUAUAGAAAUAUAAAAAGGAAAAUAAUAUCAUAUAAAUCAAUAGCCAUUUGUAUUUGAAAUAUAUCUUACAGAGAUUACAGCGAAGAAAAAUGUAUGUGUGUGUAUGUGUAUACUGAAUCUAUCGUUGAUGUGAAAUAGUCCGCAUGUGCUAUAUAGAAAUAAGAUUGUACUAUUUAUUUAUUAACAGAUAUUUUACUAUAUUAGCUGUUAAUCUCAGAUUGCCACUAGCCUUUGUGAGUCUCCCAUUUGGCGAGAGUUAUCUUCAAAUAUCUAUGUGCAGGAAUUCAUUGAAAUACCAAAAAACACUACAUAAAUACAGCCACGUCACAGUGGAUGACCGAUCAUUAUUUAACAAAAUAGUUAUCCAGUUGCACAGGAAGGGAUAUUCCUUUAAAAAAUGCAUAAUUACGUAAACGUAGCUAGCAUUUUUUAUUUGAAUAUAUUUUCUUAACUCUCGGAUUCCAAUGCUAUUUCAUGGCAAUUCGUACGUAUUUUAUGAGGUGGUGAAAUUCAUAUUCAUUCGUGUACAUGUAUGAAUGAUUUGUCUUUUUCCGCUUUUACGUUGGGGGGGCGGGUUAGGAGUGGGUUUUCUUUAUUGUUUUUUAUUUGUUUGUUUUCAUAUGAAUUAGCCAACUCGUAAAAUAUGUACGAAUUCUCGUAAAAUCAGGCUGGAUUGUCCCACCGAAUUAAAAAAUAAUAACUCUUCUCAUUAUCUGUUAUAGUAGUGCAAUGCAAAAAUAAACCGGUAACACUUUACUUGAAGAGGUGUUCAUAAGACUGACAUGACACCUUCAUAAUCAUGACAUACACGUCUCUAGAACAUGAAGGAGAUUUUUAUGCACAUUUAUGACAACUGUCAUUAAAGGCGGAGUCCACGAUGUUUGAAAGCCAAUGUUGAUAUUUGAAAACACCUAAGCAAACACGCCCCUACCCCAAUAGAAUCUGGACCUUCUGUUGAUAGACCCGCCCCACACAUACGCAACCCGGCAAGGAUGUCGGUUAGUAGACACGCUCCUUACUGCUGAUUGGCUAUAAGUGUGUUUUCGUAGUCGGCCCGACUCCUUUUUCCAAAGUGUUUUUCAAACAUCGUGGACUCCGCCUUUAAGUGACAUUUGUUCAAUCAAUGCAAGGAUGACAUUGUUUGAGAUGUCUUUGUUAUGACAACUUGACAUAAACCAAUACAUCAUAACUAAUCUGUCAUAAACAUGACAUAGCAGAAUAAUUUUCAAACUUAAGAAACUACCUAGCUUUAUGGGUUAACAUUACAUUAAACUGUCAUUUAAAUGUCAUUAAGUGUUAAUACUCUGUCAAAUAAUUUUAAAUACCUUAAAGUCGACAUGAAACGGAAGUAUCAAUUGCCUAAUUUUCCCCGUGGUGAUGAGUAUCCGAGUAAAACCGGCCUCUGAAAUGAAAUAAGGCAGGGCUGGAUUUGAAUUUGUCUAUUGAGUUUUCAUUUAAUUUUAGGUUAAUUGGUCUCCAAAUGUAAUAAAAUAUACAUUUAUAAAAUGUAAUUAUUAUUAUUAUUAUUAUUAUUAUUAUUGAAUAAUUGAUUUUAUUUUUUAAACACAUGUACGGAGCCCCUAAGGGGACAUGGAGAAUAAACUAAAUAAAGUUUAGAAACUAUCGCGUUUAGUUUCGCGUGCGCACGCAAUAGUUUCGCGGGCGCACAUGAAACUUUUGCUUUCACGUGCGCAAGCAGUAGGUUCAGGUGCGCGCGAAACUAAACUUUAAAAAAAUCUGCACAUGAAGGUUUCGCGUGAGCACGUGAAAGUUUCACUUGACCAGGCAAAAGUUUCACGAGAGCACAUGAAAAUAAACUUUGGAUUUUUUUUACUCCAAUGUCACCUUAGGGGCUUUAUGAACUGAAGAAUAUUCAUGACGCUGUUAUAAAACAAUUUGAAAGAGUAUUAACACUUAAUGACAGUUUAAUUAUAUUAUAUUAUAUUUGUACCACUGUAGUUGAGGUCAAGAAAAAUAUUCAUGAUGAUGUUAUAAAACUAUAUGACAGAGUAUUAACACUUAAUGACAUUUUAAUGACGAAUUAUAUUUGUACCACUGUAGUUGAGGUCAAGAAAAAUAUUCAUGACUCUGUUAUAAACUAUAUGACAGAGUAUUAACACUUAAUGACAUUUUAAUGACAAAUUAUAUUUGUACCACUGUAGUUGAGGUCAAGAAAAAUAUUCAUGACUCUGUUAUAAACUAUAUGACAGAGUAUUAACACUUAAUGACAUUUUAAUGAAAAAUUGUAUUUGUACCACUGUAGUUGAGGUCAAGAAAAAUAUUCAUGACACUGUUAUAAAACUAUAUGACAGAGAAUUAACACUUAAUGACAUUUUAAUGACAAAUUAUAUUUGUACCACUGUAGUUGAGGUCAAGAAAAAUAUUCAUGACUCUGUUAUAAACUAUAUGACAGAGUAUUAACACUUAAUGACAUUUUAAUGACAAAUUAUAUUUGUACCACUGUAGUUGAGGUCAAGAAAAAUAUUCAUGACUCUGUUAUAAACUAUAUGACAGAGUAUUAACACUUAAUGACAUUUUAAUGAAAAAUUAUAUUUGUACCACUGUAGUUGAGGUCAAGAAAAAUAUUAAUGAUGAUGUUAUAAAACUAUAUGACAGAGUAUUAACACUUAAUGACAUUUUAAUGACAAAUUCAAAUUGUAUCACUGGUAAAAAGUGGUCAGUUAUGUUGUCUUGGUAAUAUCAAGUUGUCAUGACAAGUUAUGAUGUAUUGGUUAAUGUCAAGUUGUCAUACAAAGACAAUUCAAACAAUGUCAUCUUUGCAUUAAAAAUGACAAAUGACGCCUAAUGACAGUUGUCAUAAAUGUGCAUAAAAUCUCUUUCAUGUUCAUGAAAUGUGUCAUGUCAGGCUUAUGAACACCCCUUCAAGUAAAGUGUUACAAAAUAAAUUUUAGGAGGAAAUUCAAUUCUAAGCCCAGAGCUACAUCUACAGUAAACACAGAUUUUGGCCAACUUGUUGGACAGAUGAACAAGUUUCUCCCUGUUGAAUAUGACAUUCAGAAGUCUUUAAAUACGCUGAUUCCAGUGUUGCAGAGACACGAGAAAAACCUGUCUAUUUAAAAAAGCAUAUUCAUUGACUAAUAUUUAUUUUCUUACUAUAUUAUUUAAGUGUUUAUUUUAUUAUUUCUUUGGGCAAUAUUAGUACAUUCAGCAAGCAUUAGUUUACAGAUACUGUGCUUUUUUGGUGCGUUUUGUUGCUUAGUGUCCGUUUUUUUUUUGGGAGCUAUUUUAAAUGUAUUUAAUCUGUCUGGCAUUCUCUGAGCUCUUCUUAGUUGACUGUACAAGGCCCAUGUUAUGACUCUGUGCUGGUCAUAGGGGAACACAAGUCAGGUCACCUUUUUGGCGAAUGUUAUACGGGACCACUAUAAUGCACAUAUUUUAAAACCUUUCUCGAGCGUUGCCACAUACUGUGUUGUCAUGCAGGGUGAUUUAGUCGUUUCGAGUAUAUUAUUAGCUUUAAAGGAGAUGACAUCCAGUAUUUCCUAGCUGGUUUUGCUUUGAUAAUAAUGAUAGACACAUUAAACAGAAAAUUUCGGGCAGUCACAGCAAAGUGUUUUCUGGAGCCAUUCUUGACACUAUGCAAUAUACAAGGCCUAUUUCUCUUAAGAGUGGUGAGGGGGAGAUCUAUUCGCUUCUUGGGAUUGUUCGGAUUAGCAAAGAUUUGAGAGCAGAGAGAUGCUUGUGUUGGGCUGGGGGCUUUGAAUCCAAUCAAACUACCGCAAAACCACUUUUGGUUAUUCACAUCCAAAAAUGAAUUCCAUUGCGAAGAAACCAUCUCACCACUGAGUGACUUAACCAUUUAACCAUUGUUCAUCCUUAAAUAAGUCACUUUUGCUUAGGCAUUAAAGUAAGUGUUCGUGCUGCCUUAAAAUUUUGACUUAAUUCACACUGUAAAAAUUUGCUGUAAUUAUGCAGCUGGUUCCCAGUAACUUACUGUAGAAGAUAAAGACUAAAAAUAUUUCUUGUUCAUUUAACUUUGAACUAACUGUUGCCAGUAAAUAACAUAAAUGUAAAAUCUACAGUAAGUUACUGGCAGCUAGUUGCCAGUAAUGCCCAGUAAUACUGUAAUUUCUACAGAGAUUUUUUACAGUGCAACUUAUUAGUUAACUCAAAAAUCUAAGGCAUCACAAACACUCACAAUUUUUAAGUUGAACCAACAAAUCAUUUUUUACAGUGUGGUGAACUCAGACAGGUGAUAUUGUGGUGUUAAUACAGAAGUUUGUUUGAAUUAGACCCAAAGAGUUACUGUAAGAGAGACGGGCAGAAUGACUGUUUUCCUUAAACCAAAUGAUCUGCAAAUCUAAAACUAAUUCACCAAACUAUGCAAUAAUAUCUAGUAAGAUUUCAUUAAAAGGGGCCAUUUCAGUUUUGAAACUCAAACAGUAGCGUUUUCUUCUCCUAUAAGAGAUCAGAUUCCCAGUAAUAUUGUCUUUCAAUAUUAACAAUCUUGUUGUUUUCUAUUUAUGUACUUUUUGUUUAUUUCUAGUUUCAUUCUUGUUUAUUUGAUGUUCCUGAUUUGGCCAAAAUGGUUAUCCUUAAUUAACUUUGUAUAUGUUUAAAUGUGUCCUUAGGUUCUCUCUUAAAGGGAUAGUUCACCCAAAAAUGAAAAUUCUCUUAUCAUUUACUCACUUUCAUGUUGUUACAAACCUGUAUACAUUUCUUUGUUCCACUGAACACAAAGGAAGAUAUUUUGAAGAAUGUUUGGAACCAAAAUAGUGAAAAGCCUUUAACUCAUACCCGAAAUGUCACCUCUGCAUUUUACCCAUCCCAGUGAGUAUUUAACACACACACACACACACGCCCCGAACCGGCAACUCUCGGGUUACAAGCCAGACUAUCUAUAACCACUAGGCUACAACUGCCCCCGUGAUCUGGGGCACCAUUGACUUCCAUAAUAGGUAAAAAUAAAACCAUUGAAGUGAAUGGUGCCCCAAAUCAAAAUAUCUUCAUUUGUGUUCAUCAGAACAAAGACAUUUAUACAGGUUUGUAACAACUUGAGGGUGAAUAAAUGAUGACCGAAUUUUCAUUUUCCAGUGAACUAUCCCUUUAAUAUAUGCACUUUCUGUCUAAUAGGACCACUGUAAAAGGGCAUUGAAGCAUUUUUAAAGUAUGAACCUUAAUUCUGAAUUCAGACACGUGAAUAGCUGCUGUGUUCUUGUUCAAUAGGAUGUAGUGGCAUAGUGAGGACUUUUUGUUUUGUUUGGAAAUAUGAUAUGAGACGAUAUCGCAAUCUAUUAAACACCAAGGACAUUCCUGUACCAAACAGUUGCUGCUAAACUGAUUUCCAACCCCACUGUGUUAUGUUAAAGCUUUUCUUACUAUUAAAAUUUGUCCUGCUUUCACUGUGUGCUCAUCCCCUUGGUUCCCAAUGGGUAAUAAACAUUUUCAUUUACCAGUGGCCGAAUAAGCACAGUUAUGGAGGUAUCUCAUACCAUCUCCAGUGAGUGCACACGUUUGCUUCAACCCAGCUAUAGUUCAUCAGAUCUCGCAUUGAAGCAACAUAUGAUUGGUGGUAUGGCCGCUUUGUUAUCUUUACAUUAUUAAAGUGUGUUGUACACUUAAAUGUCAAUGUACGUUAAUCUGUUAAGUUAUUAUUACAUUACAUUUGUUAGACUGCUGUGGAUACAAUAAUUGUUCUCGGUCAUACAAAGCCUCCGCUAGCUCACCAUGUUAUUCAUAUUGUGAGGAUUUUCGAAAUGUAAUGGAUUUUGUAAACUUCAGAGAAUGUAUAUUUUAUCAAAUGUCUGUAUAUGGUUCAAAGGGAUGCCUAAAGAAAGUUUAUCGCAGCCCAUAUGAACUUGAAUAGCAUUGUGUCCUUAUCACGGUGGAUUUAUGGUGGAUUAGCCAAGCUUGGAGACUGACCCUUCUUGUUGCCAAAUUUAUAUAACCACUGCCUCAAGGAAACAUUUCGACGACUAGUCUUGGAAUUGAAUUUAACGUUCAUUGCCUAUGUAGAAUAGAAACGAUUGAAGCUAUGUGUUUGAUAGAUUUGUCACAGUAACAUGUUUCAGGUUAGUUUAGCCCUCACUUAAUAAUGUCAUUUUAUGUCAUUGAAAACUACAGAAUGCACUACAACAGAGACGAUCUGUUCAUACAGGUUCUUUACAAUCUCUGAUUCACCAAGAAUUGGUGAUAUUUCCUCUUUGACCCAGGGCCAUGUUAACCAGGCUACAUAAGCCAUUAAAACUGUAUGGUACUCGCUCUUCUCAAAACUUGAAACCACUUCUCAUAUUCCUGUUUAAGAUGUUACAAAUAAAUGUUAUUUUUUCAGAGAUUUAUGUGCCCUUUCGAGUUGCAGUUUGAAACCAAAAUAAGUCAAGGUUGUUGUGCAAGGCAUUUUAUUUAAGGCAUUCUCUUGUUUUGUCCCUAGGGUUACAUAUGAUGGAAAUUUGUGAUUGAUUUGCACUUUAUUCUAAACUCAUACACAUAUAUACCUGUGUGUGUAUAUAUGUGCUGGGUUUCUCUGUGUGCUGACAGAUUAACAAAAGAUACAAAUGCAUCAACUAUGUGUCUUUUACGGUGUAUUAAUAAACUAUGAUCAGAUCUGA